AUGGCCUCCAGGACCAGCGCCCCUAAGAAGGUCCGGCUGGCCUGUCGCCGUUGUCGAUCACGACGCAUUAAGUGUGAUGGUCAAGUUCCUGCAUGCACAAACUGCGCAAAGGCAGGCCAGGUAUGUCUUGACGUGGAUAGCCAGAACUCCAACAUUGUCAUCCCUCGGAAUUUUGUUGGCGCUGCUCGUGCAAGGAUCCAAUGGCUCGAGGAUAUCAUCAGAGAACGUGCACCUGAUGUAGAUUUACGGUCUGGCCCCCAGGUAGAGCCUGCACCAGAGCUAGGCAGCCAGUUGGUGGAUGAGGGAGGAAACGAAGAAGGGGAUACGUCGACGACACCAGCAGCUACGAUUCCAAGUCCUGCCCUGCAAAUUGUAUCACGAAAGAGAUCAGCAGAGGCUUCUGACCAACCCGAUCACGAUGGCUCGUUCCCUGAACGCGCACACUCCGUUGCUGUCAACCUGGGCAUGCUGUCUCUCAAUUCGGACUCCCCGCAGAAGCAUUACCUCGGCUCGAGCUCCGGACUCCUCUUUGCGAAUCUGAUAGGAGCCUCUCCCUCAAGUACCGGAUCCACACCGCAGGGUAUGGGUGAUUAUGCCAACACGGGCGACUUGGAGUGGCAAGACUCGGGAGUGACUGUAGACCACAACAGGUCCUACCAUCAGGCUGUGCUUGCCUUUCUCAAAACUGAACUACCUACUAAGCAAGAAGCUCUGAUCCUCGCUCACACAUAUAUACGCUGGGUUCACCCCGAUUUUCCAGUUCUGGAGCCCUCAUCAUUGUUUAGUGCCAUCGAUGCCAUAUACUCCUGCGUUUUAGAAUCUGGGCAAGUAGAUGAUUCCACGCAUGGUUGGCCUAGCACAAUGCCCCCGUUCCGCUGGAAUGGACGGCUAGUAACUCCUGGAGUCGCGGACGACCACGGCGCUACCCUACCUGUGAUUGCCUUUAUCGUUUUCAUGGUGUUCAAUAUUGCAGCUAUUGUAAAGGUCCGGACCCGUGUUUACGAAUUCCCGCCGCAGAGGUUCUAUAGCGCCGCUGUGCAUUUCUCCAAGGAUGCCUUUUCACAGAUUUCACUUCCUACGAUACAGGCCAUGGUCAUGCUUAUCAAUCAUAGCAUGCUGAUGCCCGCAGAGAUAAACCUGUGGACCUUGGUUCAUCUUGCAUCGGCUCACUGUGUCGAGCUUGGCAUCCAUCGGGAACACCAUAGUGAACAGCCUGAGGACUUUGCCAUGAAGCAGAUCAGGCGUUUCACCUUUUUUACGAUAUACUCCCUUGACAGGUCUAUUUCUUCCAUCCAGGGUCGUCCUCUCGGAUUUAGAGACGAAACAUUUGAUAUUAAACUACCUGAGGCCCCACCACCCGAAGAUGAUGCCAUGAACGGGGCUAUUCCACACUCCUUUAUGGCAGCCGUUACUCGAUAUGCAUCUUACACAUACAAGCUUGACCGAAUUAUCUCCGACAUCAAACUUCAUCUCUACCAUCUCCCAGGGGAUUCCAGCUGGUUUCCUUGGCCGGAGAAUCCAGCAGAGCAUCAACAAAGAAUUAAGCAAACUCUCGAUAACUGGUGGCAAGAGGCUUCUGAAGAUGAAUUCGACUUUCCUAGCCUUGACAAUCGACAACGAGAAGUGUGGAGGCUGAAACUCAGCAUCAAGUAUCACACUGCCACGGUCUUGCUUUUCCAGCCAUCUCAGGUGGUCAGAAAUCCGCCCUCACAAUCCCUACAACUUUGUUUUGACAGUUCGUCAAGCAUCCUAGAAGGCUACGAGAGGUUGCAUGAUCUCCACAGUCUUCAUCACGGAUGGAGAGCAGUGCAGAGCAUUUUUGCAGCCGGAGCUACGCUGAUCUACUCAUUCUGGACCUCGCUGGAAGUUCGCAAGAAAGCCUCUACGAAUACAAUGUCCAAGAAUCUUCGGGCCUGUUCCAGCCUCCUUACUAUCGGCGGCGAGUGGUGGCCAUCCGCGAAGAGCGGCCAACGAAGUUUUGGCUCUGUGGCCGAUCUCACGAUGAGAAAGUUGUAUAUGGACGAUUCUCCAUUCAAAGCCCCGCGUCUAUCCCAAUACUCGGCCACAGGAGGUCGCUCUACGCGCAGGGUCGAAGAACCGAUAACAGAAGGUGAAUGCACCACUGUGCUGGAGAAUUCUCAAACUUUGGGGGGCAUUGAACAGCUUCCACUCGAAGAAACAGACGGAACCUGGCAAGGAAUUUCUACCACUUCUGAUGACGAUCAGGGCAUAUGGCAGGGCAUCAACAUGGAAAGACCGGACUUUGUGCCAGAGAUUGAGAUGUUUUUGGCCGAUUUCGAUAGGUCCGAGUUCACAUGGAGUUUCCCUCUGAAUGCUAGCGAGGAUCUUGAACCAUUCGGAACGCACCCGAAUGGUGGUUUCUAA